AUGGAGAUGCUGCGGUCAUGGUGGAUCUGGAAAUGUUAUUUGAUUGUGUUGAUGUUGUUGAGAGGCGGAACGGGCGUGGAGAGCUUCGUAGGGGUGAACUGGGGCAGACACUCGACGCAUACAUUGGUGGCGUCGUCGGUGGUGGAUUUGCUGCUUCAGAACGGGAUCUCCGACGUCAGAAUGUUUGCGCCGCGGCCUAACGCUCUGGUGGCCCUUGAACACUCCUCCAUCGGCGUCACCGUCACCUUGUCCAGAGACUUCCUUCUCAGAGACAAAUUUAUUUCCAAUCUCCAGAACGUCAGCGAGUGGGUAUCUAAUCUUAUUGUGCCGCCCAUUCAAAGAAAUGUCAACAUUACGACUGUGAUCGUAAUGCAUCAACCGUUCUUGAGUGCAACAACCAAAGCUCCUAUUGUAUGGAAUCUGACGGAAGUGUUCAAAGAAACUCGGUGGGCCUUAGACAGCCACAACCUCACCCACGUCAGGACCACCACGUCCCACUAUACCGACGCCAUAAAAGUCGCGAAAACGCCGUCGGAGGCGGAAUUCCGCGACGACAUCAAGGACAUGAUGGCGAAGCACUUGGAAGUAAUCGCCAAAACCAAUUCCUUCUUCACCCUCGACAUCCUCCCCAUCACCGCCAUCGAGACCUACAAAUGGCCGGUGGAGUUCGGUUUCAUGGACAACAAAUCCAACUUCACCGUCGUGGACGGCAAGUAUAGAUACACCAACGCGUUCGAGUUCCUGUACGACUCGGCGGUGGUGGCGCUGGCCAAGGCGGGGUACCCGGACAUGGAGGUGGUGUUGGGGCAGAUCGGGUGGCCCACCGACGGCACCAAGGACGCCACGCCGGAAAAUGCCGCGAGAUUCUACAGGGGCUUUAUUCCCCAUAUGGUGAACAAGAAAGGGACUCCCCGCCGCCGCAAUAAAAACAUCGACGCCUACCUUUACACCAUCAGCGACGAGAAUAAAAUGAGUUUCCCGGCGUACGGGCCCUACAUCCGUCACUACGGGAUCUACGAGUACGACGGGACCCCGAAAUUCGAGAUCGACUUCUCGGGGAAAGGCCGGAAAGUCCUCCCCCCGGCGGCGAAAGGGACGGUGAAACUCCCGCUCCGGUGGUGCGUUUUUAACGGCAACGUUACCAACGAGAAGCACGUGGAGCUUCAUAUGCAGGCGGCGUGCAACUUCUCGGACUGCACGUCCCUACAGCCCGGCGGGUCGUGUAGCAAUCUCAACUUCACUUCUCGGGUCUCUUACGCCUUCAAUGCCUUCUAUCAACUGGGGACGCAGGACGCGCUGCCUUGCGGCGGGUAUAGUGGGCUGGGUGUGAUCACCAUGGCUGAUCCCUCCGAAGGCGAUUGUAAAUUCCCGGUGGAGAUUUUGACGGCGGAGACGGUGGAUGACGGCCGCCAAGUGUUUUACACUGUAACUUACGAUAGCAGUAGUGCCGCCCCAUUCAACCUCUCUUUGUCACUCUCUGUUGCUCUCCUGCUCUUUGUAAUCGUCCUGCUUGCUUUCAACAGAUGAUAGAUGAUAGAUGAUGAUGAUGAUGAUGGAAUUUCUCCACU